UCGAGCGAUCCUCCGCUCCCCCGCUAAGUCCGCCAACCAGCAGCAGCCAGAGCACCCGCCGUGCGCGCCAUGUCCGAGACGGCUCCCGAGGCUCCGGUGGCGGCAGCGCCGCCCGCCAAGGCGCCGGCCAAGAAAGCCAAGAAGCCGGCGGGCGCCUCCAAGCCGCGCAAGGCCUCGGGCCCCAGCGUGACCGAGCUGCUCACCAAGGCGGUGGCCGCCUCCAAGGAGCGCAACGGGGUCUCGCUGGCCGCCCUCAAGAAAGCCCUGGCCGCCGCCGGCUACGACGUCGAGAAGAACAACAGCCGCAUCAAGCUGGGCCUCAAGAGCCUCGUCGGCAAAGGCACCCUCGUCCAGACCAAGGGCACCGGCGCCUCGGGCUCCUUCAAGCUCAACAAGAAGCAGCACGACACCAAGGACAAGGUGGCCAAGAAGAAGCCCGCCGCUGUCAAGAGCAAGAAGACGCCCGCCAAGAAGCCGGCCGCUGCUAAGAAACCCAAGAAGCCCGCCGCGGCUGCCAAGAAGAGCCCCAAGAAGCCGGCCAAGAAGCCCGCCGGGGGCGCCAAGAAGUCCGCCGCUGCCAAGAGCCCCAAGAAGGCCAAGCCGGCCAAGCCCAAGAAGGCAGCAGCCGCUGCCAAGAGCCCGGCCAAGGCGAAGGCCAAGGCCGUCAAGGCUAAGCCCAAAGCCAAGCCCAAGACGCCCAAGGCCAAGGUGGCCAAGCCCAAGAAGGCUGCGCCCAAGAAGAAGUGAACGCGCUGCUCACCACCUCGCUCGCAUCCCAAAGGCUCUUUUAAGAGCCACCCACCCGCUCACGGCAAAGAGCUGAUCUCUAUCUCUCUCCUCUCACACCCACUCCAAAAACACCACAAGCCCACGCGCACGCAACCAGGGCCGGCUUUGCCCACUUUCUCACAGACUGUACAGUUGGAUUUAUAUUAAAGAUUUUUCCUCGGGUAAAAUGGCGCUGUCCAAAUGAGCAUCAGCGGCACACAAUAGGGUCCUGUGGCUUUUCCCACGUCUUCUAAAAUUGAGUUUUAUUUAAUGCUUUUAGAAGUAGCUGUGUUAGUCUGCUAUCAGACAAAAACAAAAGA